GGGAGUGUCAAAUCUACAUAUUCUCUCUCUCUGAAUUCACAGGAUAGACCGUUUGCUCCGCAGAUUCGACUCAAUCGCCGAUCUUUAUUACUCGCUGCUCCUCUUCUCACCAUCCCCUUUCUUUCCAAUCUAUGUCUCUUCUCAUGUUGUAGUACUACUAAAUGUUUCAGAUUUUCAAGGACAGAUUUUACCUUGAUUAAGCUUUUUACUCUCCACACCCCCCAAAUGGAGGAUGACACAUACUCCACCCUUCACAAUGGUACUCAUAUUGAUGGCAAAAUCCUCCAAACAUUUCAAAAAAGCUUUGUUCAAGUCCAAAACAUAUUGGAUCAAAACCGAGUACUGAUCAAUGAGAUAAACCAGAAUCAUGAGUCUAGGAUCCCUGACAACCUCAGUAGGAAUGUUGGUCUUAUUAGGGAGCUUAACAACAACAUAAGAAGAGUGGCUGAACUUUAUGCAGAUCUUUCAACUUCCUUCGCCAAAUCCAUUGAUGUUUCUUCUGAGGGAGAUUCAAGCGGUGCUGUUAAAUCAGACGGUAAAGCCACUCACAAGCGACACAGACCUCUUUAGACACUUUUUUUUUUUUUUUCAUUUUGCUUGGUGGUUAGAGAAAAAAAAAGGUUCUGUAGCUGUUUGUAUUACAGAAAUUUCUUCACUUCAUUAAUUACUUAUUGCUUACAUUUUAAAUAAAUAUAUGUAUAUGAUUUUCACCAUUCCUCUUA